AUGAUAGUCUGUCGUUUUCUUUUAUUUAUUGUAUUGAUAAAUACAUUAUUAGCUUAUGAAUCAUGGACAUUUCCACGAAGUACAAGUUUUCAUCAUACAUUAGAAUUAUUUCAUGCUCGUGCAACAACUUCACAUCCAUCAUUUUCAUUUACAUUAUCAUCUCUUCUAUCAUUUGUUGUCAAUGAAACACAUUGUCAUGAUGAUUUGUUAUUAUUAAUGAAUGGAUUUCUACAAAAAGAAAAAUGGGCAUUAAAAAUUAUCGAUUCAUGGGGUAUAAAACCACCAGCUGGUCUUCUCGAAGGAUCUCAUUUAUGGUUAGGUUCAUAUGAUGAAUGUCUUCAUCCACUUUAUUUACCAACUAAUCAAACUCAUGUUAUACAACCAUAUCAUACAAAAUAUUGUACUGUUUCUAGUCCAUCUAAUACUACUGAUGAUGAUAAUGUUUUCUUUGCAAAACCAGCAUUAAUUAUUGGAAUCUGUUUACCAAUAUCAUGUCAUUCACAUGAUUUUCAUAUAGAAUCUUUAGCAAUUCAAUGUAGAUCCGAUGAGAGAUAUUUUUCAAUAGGAACAACAUAUACAAUAAGUUUAAUUAUUUUACUUAGCUUAUUUGUAUGUUUUGCAACAUUUAUACCCUUCCUAAAUGAAUAUUCUCCAAUAACAACAUUGAAAAAGAUUUUUUCGUUAAAAAGAAGCCCUUCAACAUAUUCAUUUAUAAAUGGAAUACGUGCAAUUUCAUUACUAUGGAUUAUUCUUGGUCAUUCAUAUACUUUUUAUUUGAGUAUAGCAGAUAAUGUUGUUCAUAUCUUUGAUAAUAUACAUAAUUCAUUAUUAUUACAAUUAAUAGUUGGUGCUGUAUAUGGUGUAGAUACAUUCUUUUUUAUUAGUGGAUUUCUAGCAGUAUCUGUAUUUGUUACUACAUUUCAAAAUCAAAAUGUAUUUCGUAUUCAACAUUUAUUUUGUUAUUAUUUUCAUCGUUAUUGUCGAUUAAUUCCAACAUUAGUAUUUGUAUUACUUAUUAGUAUGCAUUUAACUCCAUGGAUGGGAUCAGGUCCAAUUUUUCCAACAGUGAAUGGUUUCGAAGUGCCAACUUGUCAUAAUCAUUGGUGGGCAACGAUAUUAUUUCUUAAUAAUUUCGUAUCACCAACACAAGCAUGUUUACCAGUAACUUGGUAA